AUGAAGAUCAACGAAGAUUUGAAGCAGCAAUUAAAAGAUGUGAUAUCUGAGUUUAAUGCACCUAUUCGGUAUGCCGUUGCAUAUGGUAGUGGUGUCUUCCAACAAUCAGGUUAUGACCAAAAGCAAAAACCAAUGGUUGAUUUCAUUUUUGGCGUUAGUCAUCCUGGUCAUUGGCACGAUAUCAAUAUCCAACAAAACCCUCAUCAUUACUCCGGUCUACGCUUAUUGGGCUCGGGCGCCGUCAGUCGUUUACAAGAAAAAGUAGGUGCGGGCAUUUACUUUAAUCCUUAUGUGCAAGUCAGCAACGGCAUGAAUAUCAAAUAUGGCGUUGUCUCCAUCGAACGACUAUGUAAAGAUUUAAUUGACUGGGAAACACUUUAUUUAGCGGGUCGCAUGCACAAGCCUGUGAAAAUCCUACGUGAUGAUGCACGUGUACGUUUAGCCAAUCAAGUCAACCUAACCGAGGCUGUGCGUGUGGCCUUGCUGACCUUACCCGAACAGUUCAAUGAAGAAGAGAUUUUUGAACGUAUAGCCGGCAUCAGUUAUAUGGGAGAUUUUAGAAUGAUCAUUGGUGAGAAUCCAAAUAAGGUGAAGAAUAUUGUAAAGGCACAAAUGGAGAAUUUUCAUCGACUGUAUUUUGGUUUAUUGGAUGACUUACCCAACGUUACAAUCCUGAAUGGAGGCAAAUUUCAGCAAAGUUAUAAUCCUCGCUUUCGGGGACUUAUGGUCAAGAAGCUGCCCAAGACGUUGUAUGAUAAGGUGUUGAAAAAAUAUACAGAUGAGGCCGUAAGUCAAAAUAGAAGCAUUCCCGAGGAUAAGUCAGUAUUAUAUGAACAAAUUGCACAAUCAGAAGAUUUGAAUCGUUAUAUUGAAAGCAGUUUAAGUGAAAUUAUCGGUCGUACAGCUGUCACUCAAAGUAUGAAAGGCAUUCUUACUGCUGGUACAACUAAAACAAUCCGCUAUGCUGGCGCAAAAUUAAGUAAAUGGUGGACUGCCCAUUCCUAA